ACGGCUGCCGUCUGCUCGCGCCACGGAGGGUGGAGGGCAUUUCGACUACCGGGCGCCGGCACCACCGCGAAAUUCCCGUGCCAGUCGCCGCGGGGGGCUCGCCGGUCUCGCACGCCUGGGAAGAUAGCUUGGGCAGACAGCAGUCGAUGGCGCUCUGCUUGCUGCGGUGGCUGGCUGCAUUAUGCAAGAGCAAUCUCUGCUCGCCUGCCGCUGCUGGCGGUCUUCAGUCUGUUAUUUCUCCACUUGGCCGCUGCUCCCGCGGCAGCCUCUCCGUCUCUGCUCCGGCGACGCUUGGCCGCCGCAUCGUGGCCCGCCAUUCGGCUUUGUCAUAAAAACCCCCAACUGCCGUGCAGGCAGAGUCGGUAGCGCCUCACCUGCGAAGAGCCAUGGCCCCAUGCCCGCGAGUCGUGCAUCGGAAGUGCCCCCCGCCGCCGUCCCCCCAAGCCUCAGAAUGGGGGUUGCCGUGUUGCUCAUGCACUGUCGAACCUUGCACGGGCGGGUGCCAUAUCCGGCACGGACGCCAAUACAAUAUCGGCUGCGCGACGGCAGGGAGGACGCUGGUCCAGCGAGAAUUCCGCAGCUGGCGGCUGUCGUUGCAGAAGAGGGUGUCCUUGACGCCGAAGUCAACAGAGAGACUUUGGCUGUACUUGCCGCCAGACGGACCGCCAGACGGACCGCGUCCGUCUUGUGUACAGACAGCUACUCCGCACUAGGGGUCCGUUUCAAGGCGGGCCUGGCUGCCACACCCCUCUCCGUCGAGGCGCUCCUCUCCUCACUCCUCACAAGCCCCUCACGAUACCCCAGUCGCCCCAGUCGCCCCAGUCGCCUAGUCUUCACAUCUAGACCGAGCCGUGCCCGCUGACUGGCCAGCUAGCUGGAUGCUGACUGUGAUUCCAUGUGCAUACCCGGAGUCAUGGAUGCUAGCGCGGCCUCGAUACACCCAGGCAUCGUGA